CGACCAUCACCUUCUCCCACCACCACCACCACUGCCCAUCAGUGCAUCCUCCACCGGGCACAAUAUCCAGCAGCCAGCAUCCUCACCACCGUCCCUCGGUGUGCUGUCGCCUGCUGUGCACAUAUUGCUGCCGUCCGCUCCUUUACUGCUUAUCAUACGUUCGUUCUCGGUCGGGUACCUGUUGCUCUGCACUUUGCUCUGCGAGCAAAGCCUUCUAUCUAUAAUAUUUGCAUCGGCCCUUUGCCAAUUCGAUCCUCGCGAACCUCACAUCGCCGAGCCAAUCAUCUCCGCAACCACCACCACCACCGCCGCCGCCGCCGCUACCAUCACAAACUCGUCAGUGUACUCGCAUCUUCGAAUUGCUAUCGCACGCCAUCGACAGCAUUCAGACCGCGCAAGCUCGAUGAGGGCUCGGCUUCCUGGGUGACCAUUCAUUGUACAAUUGACUUAGCGGGCGUGAACGUCCAAGCAGCCUUUUUGUCGAGCGCCGCGAUGAUGUCCGAGACUGCGGCGUCUGGCCAGCACAGAUACUCUCAUAGCGUGGGAAACAUGCUAUCAACGCCGGAAAUGGUGGCCGUGGCGCCAAAGAUUGAGAUGCGCCCAAAUCCAGACUUUUCGUUUCCCAGGCUUCCACCACCGGGGCAGCACUCAGAUUUCGCGGGGCCAAGGCGCGCGCAUGGGCGGCCGUUGUCUAUGAUGGGUGGUGCUCGGCCACUGACAGCAGAACCUAGCCACAAGAGAUCGGCGACCCAACAAUUGCCCAGCUUCAGCUUCAAUUCCUCCGACCAUACCGGACUGUCGGGUGACCAAUCUUCUCUUCAAUCGAUGGAACCGAUGGCUACGCCUCCAUCCCGACACAGAAGGAAUGUUAGCGAACUCGUAGGGGGCGUGGGCAUGAAUAGCGCAAUCAGCUCGAGUCCGACUCGAACGUCUGCCUUGGAUAUGCCUCCAAAUCCCCGUGGCCACAGACAUCGGAGGUCUGCGGCCAUAUCAAGCCACGACCUCAGUAGCAUGCUGGCAACUGCUGAACCACAACCACGCUUGUCCAGCAGUCUUCCCAGCACACCUUUCGAACUUUCGAACGAUAGGCCGCAAGUCUUCGUCGAUCAAAGCACCCUGGACUCAGACGAUCCGUUCGGUCCCGUCCUGGAGAAUGUUGCAUCAGCACGUCCACCUUCACGCCGCCAGGUAGGCUUUUCCGAGAACGUUGAGUACAUUCCAAGGCCGCUGUCGACAAUAUCAUCGGAGACGGAAAGCUCGCUCAAUACUAUCCGCGGCCACUCUGUCAAUAACAGCAUAUCUUCUGUAUUGAGCCUCACUACUCCGAGUCCGCCUGCCUCUCGUUCGCGCGCAAUAUCUCUGGAGACCACUAUCGAGGAUGAGCCGCAAUCGUUCCCGAAAACCUCUAUUGAAAUUAGCAGGCGCGUGGAAAGAGAGGGCGAGUGGCUCAAGCAUGGGACGGCGAACGUCAACGCGGAUCGCCCGGCCACCGCAUCUGAUGCACUGCCAAAGUCGCUUACGUUUGCAGGAGAUGAAUCUGCUGUGAAGCCUCGCGGACGCGCCGUCAAGAAGCACUCUGCAAGCCGCUCUCUGGGAUUCGAUCGCAGAAAAAGUGAGCCUGCUAUGGGUGCACAUGCCAAUGAGCCAGAACACCUCGUCGCGCGUCUCUCUGCUCUCUCCUUGCAAGAGACGAGCGGUGAUACCGAUAUGCAUAUUGAAGAAGAGGCAGCUGCCGCGACCAGGCGAUCCUCUACGAGAAAGAUCAAGGAGUGGGCGGUCUCCAAGAUCGUUCGUAAAGCUAGGCCACGCUCUGAGGUGUUCGCCCCUCGUGAGCCAAUGUAUCCUGCUUCAUCCGUCGCAGAGACCAAUCUGGAUGCCGUUUUCAACAUGGACAGCGACGUAGACAUUGUCCGGGACCCUACUGUGAUCCCGCAGUCGCAGCUGGACAUUCACAUUCCCUUGUACAGCCAGCAGAGCAAUGACCGCAACCGCGACAGCGAUGACGGAGCGAUGCUGGACUUGGACGAUGCCUUGGGCUUCUCGCGGACACCUACCCAGUUUGGCCCGCACAGGCCGCGAAAGAUGCUCCACAGCGAUCGUGGAACUCAGGACUUCAUGGGACCUGGUGCCCAUUAUCAGCCGAUGCACAACCGUACUGCCAGUGCGCCCGUCUUGAUGGCGUUCGACAUGAACAGGGUGGGGACGCCGCCACUGCAGGGACUGGCAGUGUUCGAUGAAGAGGAGGAACACACUCAAGAUGCACACAUUCGCCCAGGCAGUACACAGUCUACCGGUGACGAGGAGAGGUCGACGGGGGUCUCGAUCGUCGAUCAAGCUCCCAGCGUUAUCAGCGCUGCGAACGAGACCAGCCUGGAUGAAGGGCUGGGAAUUGAACGAUCAGAAUGGGAUCUGGAACCACCAAGAUACGCCCACACGAGCUCUCGCCUGUCUACGCCCAUACUUGAGCGUCGUGCCAGCUCCAUCGUGGAUCAGACUAUUGUGGAGGAAACUAGUCCCAUUGAUAUGGUAACCGUCGUGGAUGAUCAGGGACCGUGGGAGGAGGAGAACGUCGACAUUCGUGCCCACUCGCUCACCAAGUCCUCUGACAGCAGUGAAGCACCCACCAUCAUGGCUGUUCCGACCGGUCUACUGGCCCGGCCCGAUGGCGAGGUCACGCCUGAGACUCUACACUCAUCUGCAUUUUCCUCACCCGCCUUCGCACGCCGCCAAAGCUCAUUCGACACCUCGCGAGUGGGGACUUCUGCGUCUUCCAUGACAGACAACCGUACGGUGAGCUCAUGCACUACCGGCGAACCACACCAGGAUCACAGAAUGUCUGUCGACGAUGUGCCCUCCCUGACCAGCUCGCGAUCCACCAUGAUCAGUACUGUGCAUGCGGACUCUUCGCGUCGUGACGUGAGCGGAUUCCGCACUCCGUCAUUGACCUCUGGCUCUCUCGAGUCUGCCGAGAACCGCCGGCGGAAACGCAACAGCAUACAGUCCCUAUCACAGCUCAUGGGAGGCCAGUUUGGAGCCAAAUCUAGUGCAGUCGACGUGUCUAGGCCAUCGACAGCCGGAACAGAAACUAUUCUUUCGCAGACGCCGAAGAAGAAAAAGGAGCAUCGGCUCAAGAAACUCAUGUUCUGGAAGUCUAAGCACAGACAAGCUAGCGCCUCGACAAUCCUCUGAAGGAGCAUUGGACAACGCACGACGGUGCUGUGAUUGAUGAUCAUUCUACUGGCGCACGUUUUGAGAAUAAUGAAUGAUUCACUUUUGGAAUGGAGGGUUACAGGGCAAGAGGCCCUCAUGAGCGUUAUGCAUCGCGACGAACUACCAGCUGCACACGGGAAGGGCUUGGGCACGAGGGGUUUUGCGGAGUUUACGAAUGGAUACGUAGAGGCAUGGACUGCAUGCUCUUUUGCAUCAUCGGGAACGGGCAGCAAAGGUCGUUCUCAAGAUCACCAUGAAGUAUACAUGUACUAGGUAUGGCACAUGACGAACCCACACUUCUGUCC